UUGGUUACUAACGGCCUUUUUACCCCUGGCCGAGCACCAGAUUUGCGCUGGGCAGGUGGGCACAUCGUUCUCUCCAGGAUCUCCAUUUUGCAUGCAGAGAACAGGAAGGCGUGUUUUAGGAGCAGCCACGUGGGACCGUCGCCCCGCGGGGGUGACCGAGGCCGGGCUCGUGGACCUCGCGCAGCGCGCGCCCUGCUUUGGGGAAGCCGGGGGCUCUCGGGGACGGCUGCACGCGCGGCUUGGAGACAGUAGAAAUUCUAGCAAUGGAAAAGAAAUUCCUGUUGGUUGAUGUUGACGCUGGAGUUGAUGAUGCUGCUGCCUUAAUGAUGGCUCUGGCAGCACCAAAUGUUGAAAUCCUGGGCAUCACUUGCUGUUUCGGAAAUACUACGGUGGAAAAUGUGUGUAAAAAUGUCCUUCGGGUAUUAAAAAAGUGUAACCAUUUACAGAUCCCAGUUUACCAGGGUGCUUCUUCCCCUUUACUUAACACAAUGAAAAAAGAUUAUUUUUAUGGAACAGAUGGCUUAGGGGACGUACCUGAUGCUGACGCUCCUGGGUUCGACCAAGUGCAACAGGAACACGCUGUAGCUGCAAUGAUACGGAUCAUCAGUGAGAGACCUAACAAGGUAACUCUGGUUGCCACUGGGCCUUUGACUAAUAUAGCACUGGCAGUGAAAAUGGACCCAACGUUUCCUAAGAAAAUUAAAAAUAUGUCUAUAAUGGGAGGCAAUAUGUACUCCAGAGGAAACAUUGAUAUCUGUGCAGAAUUCAAUUUUGCAGCAGACCCAGAGGCAGCUUACAUUGUCUUAAAUGAAUAUACUUGUCCAACUGCUAUUGCGACUUGGGAAUUUGCAAGUUCGAAUUCGCUACCUUGGGAAUUUUAUGAAAAGUGUACCUCACAGGACAGUGAAAAGGCAAGAUUUUUGAAAGAAAUCUAUACAGUGACCAUAGGGUAUCAAAAGCGUCCCAUUCCCAAGUUAAGAGCCCUCUACCGAAAACCAGGAUUUGUGUCUUGUGAUUGCUUUGCAAUGGCAGCUGCAAUUGAUGAGGACUUGGUCACAGAAUCCAUGUUCUGUGCCGUAUCUGUGGAACUGACUGGCUCCCACACCCGAGGAAUGAUGAUUUUGGAUAUAGAUGACAGGCUUCAGAAGAAAAACAAAGUUUCAAUCGCGAAAGAGCUGGAUGUGGAAAAAUUCAAAGGUCUUCUGAUGGCUGCUUUGAAAUAGUAAUAGUAAUAAUAAUAAUAAUAAAAGCAAUAGCUAGCACUGAUAUAGCAUUUUAAGGUUUGCAAAGCACUUUCUAUGUGCUAUCUCAUUUGAUUUGAAAUAAAGUUUCCAUUAUAAUCUCACAUAUAAUAAUUAUAAUAUCAGAUCUUUUGAAAUAAUUUAGAUUCAGAUAUACAUCCAAAUAUUAGAACCAAAUUCUAAUUUUAAAAUCUUAAAAGGAAAAUUUCAAAAUGUUCACUGAAACUGAGUUCUGAUAGGGUUUCAGCAUGUUGGUGUUUCAUGAAGGAUAACGUUUAAAUAUUAAAUGUGUGAAUUCAAACUAUUCUCAUAUUAUUGCAUUGCAUGGACUCCAGUCUGAGAUCUUUGCAGUUUUCAAAAGCAAUGGCUAUGUCUGAAUCCAUUGUGACUGAGAGAAUUCAAUGAUUUAAUUCCCCUUCCCUCAUACAGAUGGCAUUGUAAAUAAUUGACAGAGGCAGACCAUCAUAUGCUACUUUUUGUCUUGAUUUUACUAGUUUAAAUUAGAAUUCAAUUUGUUCCCAUGGAAAAAGUCUUCUGUUUAAUAAAAGCUUAAGUUCUGACUGA